AUGGAUGUUAUCGCUGCAUCGGGCACCAUCUCCUCAGACUUCGACUCGAGUCCUGUUGCUGGGUCGCCGGCGACGAGCUUAAUGUCUGAGACAUCUAGUCUCAAUGUGUCGCCACACUACAUCCAUGUGCCGGAUAUGUUCUCCUCUAUAAUGGCCGUCAAGCCCGUUGUAAAUCCCCAUUAUCACGAGGUGAAGUUCAAGGCCGAUGCUUGGAUAGCCAGAACCAUCUCCGCCAGCCAGCAAUGGGCGGCCCGCAACUCCAAAGUAGAUCUGGCGUACCUGGCCUCCAUCUGGGCCCCCUACUGCGACGAGGAGGCGCUUCGAAUGAUGGUUGAUUGGAACCACUGGGUUUUCCUCUUUGAUGACCAAUUCGACGAGGGUCAUCUCAGCACCAAUCUAGCGGCUGCCGAUGAGGAGAUCAAACAGACGCUGGCGCUCAUGGAGGAUGACGCCCCUGUCGUGCGCUCGGAGGAGAACCCCAUCCGACACGUAUUUCAGACGUGUUGGUACCGGUUGAAGAAGGUAAGGGAGAUAAACCCCUCCCUUUCCCCUGCACGUUCGACCAGCACUAACAUUUCGCCUGCGUGGGGGAUUUUAGAGAUCAUCACCUGCUUAGAUCUGCGGGAUCGGUGGAAAGAGAGACAUCAGCACUUUUUUGACGGUCUCCUUGCCCAAGUUCGGGUCCAGCAGGAGAGCCGCAUGUUCUCGCGAGAGGUGCAGGAGUAUAUGAGCAUGCGACGAAGAACGAUCGGAGCCUUCCCAGCCAUUGCACUAACAGAAUUCGCUCUGGGUAUUGAUCUUUCGAGGAGCAUUAUCGAUCACCCCUGCCUUCAGGAAUGCAUGACUGUCUCAGCGGACCUGGUGCUUCUGGUGAAUGAUAUUCUGUCAUACAAGAAGGACCUGAAACUGGGUGUCGACCACAACCUGAUCACCUUGCUCCAAAAAAAGGAUCUCUCAAUGCAGGAAGCGGUCGACAAGAUCAGUGAGAUGCUCAACAACUGCUACAGGCGCUGGUACAGUGCCUUAGCGAAUAUGCCCAUCUGGGGGGAGGAUGUCGAUCGGCAAGUCCUCAAAUUUGUGGAUGCGUGUCGCAAUGUGGCGCUGGGGAAUCUGUAUUGGAGCUUCAAAACCGGCCGUUAUUUGGGCCCGGAGGGCGAGUCUGUCCGAGAGACUCGCAUGAUAAAUAUGUCCUUCUAG